GAUGCUGCGGGAUUUACCGUGUGCUUUGCGUUUUAAAUGGGUUGAAUCUUUGUAAUGUUGGCAUACAUGGAGAUACUGUAUUCUUGCCUGCCAAGUCUCUGACUUUCAAAUCAAGAAGAUUUUUGUCCCUGGUAGGAUAUUACAUUAUGCUCGAGUUUACUAUGGAACAAAGGAGACGCGUACCGAGAAGGCUGGGCCAGUAUUCGGCUGGAUGCAUCGUUACUAUGCUUUUAUUGAGUGGAGUCUCAGCCCAAUUAAAAUAUUCGAUCUCCGAGGAAGUAAAUGAAGGAACUGUGGUCGGAAAUAUCGCAAAGGAUCUGGAGUUGGAUAAAAGCACACUCAAAGGCAGAAAGUAUCGGAUUGUUUCAAAUGAUGCAGAACCCCUUUUUCGUGUAAAUCAAGACGAUGGAGUCCUUUACGUCAGCCAGAAGAUCGACAGAGAGAAGGUGUGCUCGCAAAGUAGUACGUGUUUAUUAAACGUGAAAACGGUGCUGGAAAACCCCCUGGAAGUGCACUACGUCGUGGUAGAGGUGCUGGAUGUAAAUGACCACUCUCCAGUCUUCCAAGAGAAUGAACUCACGCUGGAAAUUUCUGAAUCCGUGUUUUCUGGAGCACGAUUUCAACUGAAAGCUGCUAAAGAUCCAGAUAGUGGCCGUUUCUCUGUGCAGCAGUAUAAACUUAACCAAAAUGAUCAGUUUCGAUUGGAAGUUAAAGAUAAAGGCGAUGAUGGGAAAAUACCCGUUUUGAUCGUGCAAAAAUCUUUAGACAGAGAAACGGCAAAAAAACACUCCCUAGUACUCACAGCUAUGGACGGAGAUAAACCCCCCAAAACAGGUAGUAUGAAUAUCCAAAUCCAUAUUUUAGAUGUAAACGAUAAUGUCCCGGUUUUCUCCAGCGAUGCUUAUUCUGUGACGCUAAGAGAAAAUUCCCCAUUGGGAACAACAGUCGUACAGGUCAACGCAACCGAUUUAGAUGACGGAACAAACGGAGAGGUGAUUUAUUCAUUAGGCAAGAGCAUGAAUCAGCAAGCUUUAAGUACUUUCGAUAUUAACCCAAUAACUGGAGAAAUAACUGUAAAAGGUUUAAUAGACUACGAAGAGAGAGAUAAAUAUGAAAUAGAAAUUGAGGCAUCUGAUAAAGGAAUUGCUCCUCUCACUACUGAAAAAAGUGUUAAUAUAAAAAUUAUUGAUCUGAAUGAUAAUGCUCCUGAGAUUGAGGUUACUUCAUUUUCCAGCUCAAUUCCUGAAGAUUCUCGACCUGGAACUACAGUCGCUCUGAUCAGUGUAAAUGAUUUGGACUCUGGUGUUAAUGGGAAAGUAAUAUGCUCAAUGAGUGAGGACAUUCCAUUUACUUUAGCACCAACUAUUCAAGACACCAUAUUCUCCUUAGUUACCAAAUAUCCUCUGGACAGAGAGAAGCAAUCGCAUUAUGACCUGACGAUAUUUGCAAAAGAUACAGGACAACCUCCACUGUCAUCUGAAAAAACAAUCAGCGUCGUGGUGUCAGAUGUGAAUGACAACCGCCCAGAGUUUGUUUUGAGUCCAUAUACGUUUUAUCUUAGUGAGGCUAAUGAACCUGGGACGUCAGUAUUUUCGGUUAAAGCGUUUGACCGUGAUGAAAAUGAUAACGCACUUAUUUCAUACCAAGUUGUUAGAAGCGGAAAAGAGAAUGACAAAAUGACCUCAUUUCUCAACAUUAACUCUGAAACAGGGGAGAUUGUGGCACUGAAAAGUUUUGACUUUGAAACCCUGAAAACUUUCCAGUUCCAAGUUGUCGCCACUGAUUCUGGGACUCCGUCACUGAGCAGCAACGUCACAGUGAACGUGUUCAUUCUGGAUCAGAACGACAACGCUCCAGUCAUCCUCUAUCCACUCAGCUCCAAUGGUUCUGCUGAAGGUGUGGAGGAGAUUCCACGCAACGUGAACGCAGGACACUUGGUGACUAAAGUCAGAGCCUAUGAUGCUGAUAUAGGAUAUAAUGGCUGGUUGCUGUUUUCACUGCAGGAAGUUACCGACCACAGUCUGUUUGGUUUGGACCGCUACACUGGACAGAUCAGAACACUUCGCUCAUUCACAGAGACAGACGAGGCUGAACAUAAACUGGUCAUACUGGUUAAAGAUAAUGGAAACGUUUCACUAUCAGCAACAGCUACUGUGAUUGUCAAACUUGUGGAGCCAAAAGAAGCUUUUGCAGCUUCUGAUGUUAAAAGUGCAACAAUAGAUGAUGAGGAUAAUAAUGUGACUUUUUACCUGAUGAUCACUUUGGGUGCAGUUUCAGUUCUGUUUAUCAUCAGUAUCAUCGUGCUGAUUGCAAUGCAGUGCUCCAAAUCCACAGACUAUACUUCUAAAUAUCUCCAAGAGACUAAUUAUGAUGGGACACUGUGUCACAGCAUCCAGUACAGAUCUGGAGACAAACGCUACAUGUUAGUUGGACCCAGAAUGAGUAUUGGAUCUACUAUAGUACCUGGAAGUCAUGCAAACACGUUGGUGUUACCUGACAGGAGGAGAACAUCUGAAGAGUUCCAAGUUGUCGCUACUGAUUCUGGGACUCCGUCACUGAGCAGCAACGUCACAGUGAACGUGUUCAUUCUGGAUCAGAACGACAACGCUCCAGUCAUCCUGUAUCCACUCAGUUCCAAUGGUUCUGCUGAAGGUGUGGAGGAGAUUCCACGCAACGUGAACGCAGGACACUUGGUGACUAAAGUCAGAGCCUAUGACGCUGAUAUAGGAUAUAAUGGCUGGCUGCUGUUUUCACUGCAGGACGUUUCUGACCACAGUCUGUUUGGUUUGGACCGCUACACUGGACAGAUCAGAACACUUCGCUCAUUCACAGAGACAGACGAGGCUGAACAUAAACUGGUCAUACUGGUCAAAGAUAAUGGCAACGUUUCACUAUCAGCAACAGCUACUGUGAUUGUUAAACUGGUGGAACCUAAAGAGGCUUUUGCAGCUUCUGAUGUUAAAAGUGCAGCAAAGGAUGAUGACGAUGAUCAUUUCCGAGUUGUCGCCACUGAUUCUGGGACUCCGUCACUGAGCAGCAACGUCACAGUGAACGUGUUCAUUCUGGAUCAGAACGACAACGCUCCAGUCAUCCUGUAUCUACUCAGCUCCAAUGGUUCUGCUGAAGGUGUGGAGGAGAUUCCACGCAACGUGAACGCAGGACACUUGUUCCAAGUUGUCGCCACUGAUUCUGGGACUCCGUCACUGAGCAGCAACGUCACAGUGAACGUGUUCAUUCUGGAUCAGAACGACAACGCUCCAGUCAUCCUGUAUCCACUCAGCUCCAAUGGUUCUGCUGAAGGUGUGGAGGAGAUUCCACGCAACGUGAACGCAGGACACUUGUUCCAAGUUGUCGCCUCUGAUUCUGGGACUCCGUCACUGAGCAGCAACGUCACAGUGAACGUGUUCAUUCUGGAUCAGAACGACAACGCUCCAGUCAUCCUGUAUCCACUCAGCUCUAAUGGUUCUGCUGAAGGUGUGGAGGAGAUUCCACGCAACGUGAACGCAGGACACUUGGUGACUAAAAUCAGAGCCUAUGACGCUGAUAUCCAAGUGGUGAUGCUUUAA